AUGAAAUCAGUUUUUGUUUGGGUUAAUCUUAGGAAGGUUCCUUUACACAUGUGGAAUUAUAAAGCUUUGUCUAAGAUUGCUAGUGUAAUUAGGAAACCAAUAAUGAUGGAUAAACUUACAGCUAUUAGAGCUAGGAUGAGUUUUGCAAGGGUUUUGAUUGAAAUUGAUGUUGGUUGCGAAUACCCUGCUUCUGUUCCAAUCUUUUAUGAAGGGAAACAUGUAGUGGAUGUUGAUGUGGAGUAUCCUUUAAAGGCUCCUAAAUGUAAUGCUUAUAAUUCUUUAGGUCAUAUUGAUGUUAAAUUCCCAUGGGUUAAACCAAAGGAAGUUGUUGUGGAGGUGCCUAAAAAGACUAAUGGUGCUGGGAAUCAGCAGGCUUGGGCUGAUGCUUCUAAUUCUGAACAUGUGAGUAUGGAGGAAGGGGAUUUUUCUCCAAAGUGUAAUAAGGAAAAUGUUUUUAUAGAGGAAGAGAUUAAUAAUGAUACUUCAGGAAGAAUAUGGGUGGGUUGGAAUUCUCGUGAAAUGUCUGUUAAGUUGAUACAUUUUGCUUCUCAAGCAAUAUUUUUGGAAGUAACUACUUGUAGGAAUUUGAAGUUUGCUAUUACCUUUAUCUAUGGUGAUAAUGAUAGUGUUAGAAGAGUUGUUUUAUGGAAGGAGUUAUUAGCUUUUGCUGGUAGUUAUCAUCUUCCUUGGGCCUUGCUUGGGGAUUUUAAUGAAAUUCUGAAUUCUAAUGAGAGAGUUGGUGGAAGUAGUAGUUGUCAUAUUUCCACUAUGAAUGAAUUUGUUCAUUGUGUUGAGGAUACCCGGUUAUUUGAUCUUCCUUUUUCGGGUGACUUCUACACGUGGUCGAAUAAACAAAUUGGUACUGGAAGGAUUGUCUCAGAGAUAAAUAGAGUUUUGGUGAACAUUAAAUGGGGCUCUGUUUUUACUCAAUCUAAAGUUGAUUUCUUAGCUCCAGGGAUUUCUGAUCAUUGCUCAAUGGUGAUUUAUGUGUAUGAGAGGCGUAUUCAUGGUCCUCCUCCUUUCCAUUUUUUGAAUUAUUUAUCUGAUGAGCCUGAUUUUUAA